GGCGCUAUAGUGCAGACUGUGUUCACUAUCCCUAAACACAGAAGAAGGAAAGCCUACGGUGUGACAGAGGUGUUUGACCGGGAUCAGACCGUCUAUCUCACCAAUCAUGAGUGUCCCGUGUUUUGUAAGAACGGUGGCCAGAGGUUUCGAUGUUGGAUCAAAACUGUUCAGACCAGCUGUUUUGUGUUCAUGUAAAGACACAGUCACGCGAAAAAUGUCAUCCAGAAGACAGACUGACCAUUUAGAGAGAACCGCUAACGUUCAUAGAGACAUGGAUCUUUUCUCUGCUCGUGUUAGUGACAUUAUGAACGAAUCUGAAGCAGUAAAGCGACUGAGACUGGAGAUUCCACAUCCUGACUUCAGCUUCCGUGCUGGACAGUGGGUGGAUUUCUUCAUCCCAGGUGUGGAAACAGUGGGCGGCUUCUCCAUUUGCUCGAGUCCUGGCCUGCUGCAGAGAGAGGGAGUUAUCGAACUGGCCGUCAAAAACGCACGCCAUCCUCCAGCACAAUGGAUUCACACGAAAUGCGCUGUGGGCUCUCAGGUAGCAGUGAGGGUGGGAGGUAAUUUCUACUUUGACCCUCAACCUUCGGACCCUGUGGUGGACCUGUUGCUGGUAGCUGGUGGUGUGGGCAUUAACCCUCUAUACUCCAUCCUUCUGCAUGCAGCAGAUCUGCUCAGACACACGGAUGGUCAGAGGUACACACCAGGACACACACACCUGUGCUACAGUGCCAAGAACACCAAAGAGCUGCUCUUCAAGAACACCAUCAUUGACAUUUGUCAUGAGCGACCAGAUAGAUUCUCCUGCGAUCUCCAUGUUACCCAGCAGAGCUCUGACAUAGAGCAGGAACUUCAGCCUUACACCAUAAGUGGAAGGAUAUCAGAAGAGGAGCUUCAGCGCUAUGUAGACUCGGAGCGCACAUUGUGUUAUCUUUGUGGCCCUCCUCCUAUGAUAGAGAAAGUGAGUUCAGACCUGCAGAGAAUCGGCCUACCGGAGGACAGAAUCCUUUUUGAGAAAUGGUGGUAGCUGUAAACCUCCACCCAAAGCAGAGGACACAGUGAUGGAUGCAUUUGCAUCGGUGUCAUUUAUAGAAACAGACUUUAAUUGCAAUGGACUUUGAGAUCUGCUGAAACGCACAACAGACGCUAUGUCUGCAUUUGAUCAAUUUUCUAGACUCUGUUUCUGUUAUACCUCAUUUUAAAGAUGGACUCAACUAAUUGACCAUUACAAGCACUAUAAUGAUCUACAUUAUAGUUCAUUUGCUGGUUAAUGUCAGUAGUCCUGCUUUCAAGGCAUGUUAAAAGAUUGCACACUCAGUUUGCACCGUUUUUGUGUUUUUUAGAACAUUUUAUUUAUUCAUUACAAACAUUCUUCACAGGGACGUUGAAAUGAUCUGAAAAGUGGUGCGACAAAAACAUUUGUAACUAUAUUUAAUAUAGUCCUAAUUUGCUGAAAGCUGCUAAACACGGUAGAAGUCCCUGUAAAGUCGUUGAAGUAUUUAUUAUAAAUUUAUCUGUGCACAUAAUUUUCUUUUUAUUUCACGUGCCCUCAUAAUCUUCAAACUAAAUAAGCCAUAUCCUCAAGCCACUAUUUUCAGCUUUGCAAGUACAGCCCUCAUCUACUUUAAAGACCGAAAUUUGUUUGUUGAAAUUGUU